AUGGAAUCCGCACCGGACAAGACAAAGAUUAACAAGGAUCUCGUGGUUGCACAGACCGGGGGCAGCGAAUCGCUCACCAACACCACCAACCCAUUUCUGGACCCGUUUGUUGCCAGUUAUUGGUCCAAAGUGUAUCAGGACUGUCAGUACGAGUGUCGGGAGCGGUUUGAUCCCAAGUUCUCGUGGACGGCAGAGGAAGAGCGCCGGUUGGGGUGGAAACUGGACCUCAAGGUGACUGCUCUGGCAUGUUUUAUGUUUGUUGCUCUGCAGGUGGAUCGUGGUAACUUGGCCCAGGCCGUGGCUGAUAACUUGUUGGACGAUCUGGGAAUGACCACCGAUAUCUACAACAACGGCAACACGAUCUUCUUUAUCACGUUUAUUGUGAGCGAGGUGCCUUCGUCGCUUGUUUCCAAGAAAUUGGGGGUUGAUCGGUGGGUUCCCUUUUUAAUGGCAACUUGGUCGAUUGUGGCUAUUUUACAGUGCAAGAUGACCAACAAGCACUCGUUUUACGCUACAAGAGCACUGCUUGGGCUGCUGGAAGGCGGGUUCACGCCAGAGCUGGUUCUUUGGAUGUCGUAUUUUUUCACCUCCAGCGAGCUGUCAAUGAAAUUGUCAUAUUUCUGGACAGCUCUGUCGCUCACACAGGUUGGAACUGCGCUGCUGGCGUACGGAAUUCUGCGUAUGAGAGGCAUUUUGGGAAUGACCGGGUGGCAAUGGCUGUUUAUCAUCGAGGGCUGUUUCACACUGGUGAUUGCCAUUAUUUCGGGACUCGUGAUGGCUCCCUCGGUCGUCCAGACAAAACGGUUCUGGAACAAGAAAGGCUGGUUCACAGAACGCGAGGAAAUGAUCAUCGUCAACAAGGUGCUCAGAGACGACCCGUCAAAGGGAGACAUGAACAACAGACAGGGAGUUACUCUGUCAAACCUCAUCACUGCUCUGCUCGACUAUAACUUGUACCCGAUCUACAUCAUCGGGAUCAUGGCGUUCAUCCCGUUGAACCUUCUCACCAGCUACAUGACACUGGUUCUGAAAAACCUCGGGUUCACCACGUUCAACGCGGUCCUGCUCACUGUUCCUUACAGUUUCAUCCAUAUUAUUCUGUUGAUUGCAAUCACGUGGCUAAGUGAGAAAGUUAACGAACGGUCGCUGUGCUGUCUGCUGUUUGCACUUUACGAGGUUCCAUUAGUCGGCGUGUUGGCGUUUUGGAAAGAUUCCAUGAUCAACAAGUGGGGAACAUGGACCAUUUGUACGCUGAUUCUGGGGCUACCAUAUAUCCAUGCGAUCUGUCUAAGUUGGGUUUCGCGCAACUCGCGCUCGUUGAAAACCCGCUCGGUGUCCACGUCGCUAUACUACAUGUGCGCACAAGUCGGUUCGCUGAUCUCGUCCAACAUCUACCACCAGAGCGAUGCUCCGUUGUACAGAAAGGGUAACGUUGUGCUAUUCUGGCUGUCGGUGGCCAUGAUCCCGAUCUUGCUACUAACCAAGGUGUACUACCUGUACGUGAACGGUCUGCGCGAGCGCAAAUGGCAGUUGAUGGACCCCAUCGAGCGCGAAAACUACAUCCUGAACACCCGCGACGUUGGCUCCAAACGGCUUGAUUUCAGACUCGCGCACUAA